AUGAAAAAGGUUUUAUUUUGCGCUUUGAUUGCUUUGGCUUUUUGCUGUAAAGUGUAUUCUGAUUGUGGAGAAGGCGAGGUUUGUGAUUGGGGAGUUUGCUAUGGAUCGCCGAGGGAAUUAUUUGAACCUUGUAGUCGAGAAUAUCCAUGCGGAGAGAACUUAAGCUGCGAGCUUGGAAGAUGCUAUAAUAUUCCUCGAAAUAUAUAUGAGCCUUGUGAAAGUGAGCUAUGCAAAUUUGGAUUAGAGUGUGAUGGAGAUUUAAAGUUCUGCGUUUCUGGCUAAUGAUAACUAAGCAUGGAGUCUCGAUUCAAGCAUGAUCUUCCAGCCAUGCAGCCUCAAGCAUAUAUUAAUUAUAUCUGGCAAAGUUUUGCCAACCAGAAAUUUACAGUAAUAUCAGGUAAGCAAUUCCAGCAGCAUAGGGUUUUACCUUGAGGGAAGAGAAGCCUUAGAGUUGGAAGAAAGCUCAGUAGCGUCUUUUGACCCUUCGGGGCAACUCCUAAUGCAAAACCAAGAGUUACACCUUGGGUUUCGAGUUGGACCUUCUGCUGAGAGUAGGCCAGAAAUUCCAUUUUUUUGAAAUUUUUGUGCAGGCAGCCUGCGUCAAAGCCAGAAAGCUGGAAGUACAAACCCGUUGAAAUACGAACGCCCGGAGCCUAGGGACAAUUCAGCAGCCAACCCAGGCGGUGCACAACGUGAUGGUGUGGAGCGGGGAACCCCAAAGCAGAGACGGAAACCAAUACAAGCGAUGUUGUAUGGGCUUGAAUCAGAGGACAAUCCCUUUAAAUUAAGUAAUGUGUAUGUGUUUCUGCCUAA